AAGUGUCCGGACUGGAAGGGGGUGAAAGUGUCCGGACAGGAAGGGGGUGAAAGUGUCCGGACUGGAAGGGGGGGGAAAGUGUCCGGACUGGAAGGGGAGGAAAGUGUCCGGACUGGAAGAGGAGGAAAGUGUCCCGGACUGGAAGGGGGUGAAAGUGUCCGGACUGGAAGGGGGUGAAAGUGUCUGGAGUGGAAGGG